UUCUAUAGUUUGUAAUAUUCUCUCCGAGACCUUUUUCUUCUACAACUAGAACAACAUCAGGACGGAUUAACAGUCUGGUUUUGUCUCACUGCUGAUGGUCAUGGUCAAGAAGAAAGUGAGUCACAGUAAUGACGCUCACCAUCACACAGAGAAGCCUUCCAUCCAGUGCUAUAAAUGUGGAGAACCAUGCAAAGGCGAGGUGUUACGAGUACAGAACAAGCACUUCCACAUUAAGUGCUUUACAUGCAAAGUGUGUGGGUGUGACCUGGCUCAGGGUGGGUUCUUUAUGAAGAAUGGAGAUUAUCUAUGCACCUUGGACUACCAGCAGAUCCACGGCACCCGCUGUAACACAUGCGGUGAGUUUGUGGAGGGUGAGGUGGUCACGGCACUGGGCAAGACUUACCAUCCAGCCUGCUUCGUGUGCACAGUCUGCAAACGGCCGUUUCCUGCAGGAGACAGAGUGACGUUUAAUGGCAAGGACUGUCUGUGUCAGUACUGUGCUGAACCCAUGUCUCCCGGCCCCACCAAGGACGUCGCUGGACCAGGCACUUGCGCAGGCUGUGGGAGAGACAUUAAGAAUGGACAGGCUCUGUUGGCCCUGGACAGGCAGUGGCACUUGGGCUGCUUCAAAUGUAAAGCCUGCGGCAAAGUACUAACCGGAGAAUACAUCAGCAAAGACGGAGCCCCCUACUGUGAGAAGGACUAUCAGAUCCAUUUCGGAGUGCAGUGUGAGGCAUGCCACCAGUUUAUCACUGGCAAAGUGCUGGAGGCUGGAGAUAAGCACUACCACCCCAGCUGCGCUCGCUGUAGUAGAUGUAAUCAGAUGUUCACCGAAGGAGAGGAGAUGUACCUGCAAGGAUCGACCGUUUGGCACCCUGCCUGCAAGAGCUCCACCAAGACAGAGGAGAGGCAGAGGCCGACGCGCUCGUCAUCCGAGAGUGUGUGUUCCAGACCUGGUUCAAGCAUACCUGGCUCACCGGGUCAUACCUUAUAUGCAAAAGUAGACAAUGAGAUUCUUGAUUACAAGGAUCUCGCUGCCAUUCCCAAAGUCAAAGCCAUUUACGACAUUGAACGUCCCGACCUUAUCAACUAUGAACCACUUUACACCACUUCCCUUGAGGAGACAGAGGAAAGAGAGAGUGUGGGAGAGACGCCAAGGACAAUGUCACCCACUCCAUCUACAGAUAGUUAUUACGACUUGAGGGGUCACAUCCUGCAGCGCUCUACAAGUCAAGGCUCCAUCGGUUCUCCCAUCUAUAAUCGCCAUAGUUACACACCAGUUAUGUCACGUUCACCACAGCACUUCCACAGACCAGGCCCUGAGCCAUCCAGUGGGCGGAGCUCCCCCGGUGCCAGCACUCCUCCUCUCCCCUUGACCCCAAAACAUUUCCAUCUGCCAGAUCAGAGCGUCAACAUGUACAGGAAGCCACCAAUCUACAAGCUGCAUGGUCCUGAAGGGAGAAGAAGGUCUAGAGAGGAGGAUGAGGAGGAACAACUGAAACGCAGACAAAUUCAGGAAGAACAUCUCACCAGGAUGCAGUCCGGUCUUGGGAAGCUCAUCUUAAAGGAGGAGAAGGAGAAGCAACUAUUUAGAGAGCGUCACGGUCGAAGUCUGUCUGCACAAAGGCAGAAUGAAAAUGCAGAUCCCAAUUCUCCUUCAAAAACAGGCUCACUUCCCGGGUACGGACGAAAUGGGCUGCAUCGGCCUCAGUCCACUGAUUUUACACAGUAUGAUAGUUAUGGAGACAUCCCCAGUGGAGGACGAGAUUUUCAGCUCUUGCAGGAUGGACAUCGGCCCACCAGAAGAAUGGACAGAGGAGUUUCAAUGCCUAAUAUGUUGGAACCAAAAGUGUAUCCAUAUGAGAUGCUUAUUGUCACCAGCUCUGGCCGUGGUAAACUGCUCCGAGAUGUGGACAGAACCAGACUAGAGCGUCACCUAGCUCCAGAGAUGUUCAUGGAGAUCUUUGGGAUGGCGAUCCAGGAGUUUGACAAGUUACCUUUAUGGAAGCGUAAUGACAUGAAGAAGAAAGCCAAGCUCUUCUAACCAUGUGAAUUAGACACCUAUAACUUAGCCAUAUAUCUCAUCAUUAAUCCCUUUCUUUCUCUUGUGGCCCUUGUAUGUGCAUAAGGGGGAACUGUAUGCAUAGCACUGCAUACAGCUGAAGUCAAAAGAU